AUGUCUGCGUCGACUCAAGGGCUGCCGCUCCUGAGCGGGCCCCCGCCAGAAUACAGCAUCAACGAAACAUCGUGCCGGAAGUGCGACAAGGAAUUCAAUGUCCUUUUCACCCGGGCGAGGAAGUGCAAUCAUUGUGGAUACUCGUACUGCCAUUCUUGCACGGAUUACCAGGCGCUCAUGCCGCGCAGCGGACAGGCGUCGGGUUACGACGUUGUGCCGAUCUGCGCCUUUUGUGUCGAGAACCUGACGAUCACCGCUGCGGGUAAGGGCCGUCUCAAACAGCUCCCCCUGUCGAAGCUGCGCAAGUACGCCGCGGCGUAUGGUAUCAAGGUCAACGGGGUGGUCGAGAAGGAUGACUUCAUCGACACGCUUAUGGCAGCAAGGCUACCGAACGGAUGCUUGCCCCCAUUUAAUGAGGAACUGUACCGUAAGUACGCAGUGCCGAACCGCAGGACGGAGCGGCCGCGCGGGAUCUUCACGCGGGCGAUGGACGCGAUGAACCCGGAGCGCGGCUCGUCGACACAGCCGCCGCCGCCACCGCCACCUCAACAACGACAAAGACCAUCCUACCAACCUCGCCAGCGCACGACGUCCGGUCCCAGCACGUUCCCGCGGCCGGACCUGGACCCUCGCCUCCGGCCGCAUCCUCAGCAGUAUGCUCCUCGAGGACAAGCUCGUUCCCAAUACCCGCACGCGCGCGCCUCGCCGCGCCCGAAUGUGAAUGUGACGAGCAACAACAACAGUCAGAGCCGUGGGCGCGCGGCGUCUGCGGGAGCGCGGACGGUGCCACACACGACGACGUCGCCGGCCCCGCCGGUUCCGACGCUUGACGAGCUGCUGGAGAUGCCGGUGGAGCGGGUGGCGGGGCUGUCGAUCGGGACGCUGAAGGCGGUGCUGUUCCAGAACCAUGUGAACGCACGGCUGGUGGUGGAGAAGGCGGAACUGGUCGCGAAGGUGUGCGCGCUGGUCGAGGACGAGCGGGAGGAGCGGGCGAGAAAGGCGGCGGAGGAGGAGGCGGAGGAGGAGGAGGUGCGUCGGCAGGCGGCGGCGGUGCAGGAGACGGUGGUGGGGGACAGUGAGGACGAAGACGAGGUGCUGAGCCGGGUGCUGGAGGAGAGCCGGCGGAUGGCGGAGGAGCAUGAGUGGGCGCAGGCCGAGCACGAGGAGCAGAUGCAGGCUGACCCUGAUGCUAUGGAGGUGGAUGAGGAUGAGCCUCGGGAGGACGAGGACGAACACGAUGCAGGGGUUCAUGCAACGGCCGCUUCUGCACCUGUGACACCGCCGGGAGCGUCUUCCGAUGCACCACAGACACACGCGAUGCCCGCAACCUCCCCAUCGACACCACAAGGCGCACAUGCCGCUGCUCCGCAUACGCGGCUGUCCCCAGCCCCUCAGGCGAUGGCGGCUCGCCUGGAACGUACGGGGAUGUGUGUCAUCUGCCAAGAUGAGGAGGCGAAUAUUGCGAUCGUGGAUUGCGGACAUAUGGCGAUGUGCCGUGCGUGCUCGGACCUCAUCAUGCAGAGCACACGCGAAUGCCCGCUCUGCCGCACGCGCAUUGUUACGGAGUCGCGGCUACUGAGGAUAUUCAAGACUUGA